UGGCGUGGACCGAGCGGUCCCGACGCUCGAAUAUUGGCCGGUGCGCGGCAGAUGCGCAGGGUGCAGCGGACGGCAGGCAUGCAGCAGCAGCAUCAUCAGCACGCGCGAAAAAAGUUGCGAGUUGCAUGCACGCAUGGCGCGCGCGCGCGCUCGAUCGUGUGUGAUAGCCGGACGGGUGCGCCCGUGCGCCUGCUGCGCUGUGUAUGUCAGGCAGAAAUCGGAUAGCCGCGCAGUGUGCAAAAGACCUUGGGGCCAUGCACCAGACAGCAGCAACAGCGAUCGAGGAAGCGAAGUGGGAUAGCGGAGAGGGAGAGAGAUAGCUCUGCGUAUUUCUUCUCGUGAGCCGAGGUCCUCAACUUUCUGCUGUUCUCCAUCUCCACCUCGUCCAUCAUACACUUCCAUACGCAUACAACGCACCACUUUCACGAUGAUCUCCCUCACCAUCCCACGCGUCGCCCUGAGGGCCGCUGCCCCAUCCAGGCAGUUCGCUGCCGCUGCUAAUGGCAGCGUUCGAGGAGUCAAGACCCUCACAGAAGCCGUCGGAGAGGUCAUUCCCAAGAAGCGCGAGGAGCUGGCUCAGCUCAAGUCUAGCUCUGCCGAUAAGAGCCUGGGUGAAGUCAAGGUGUCGAACCUUUUGGGUGGUAUGAGAGGGUUGAAGAUUAUGCUCUGGGAAGGCUCCGUCCUGGACGCCAACACUGGUAUCACUUUCCACGGAAAGACUAUCCCCGACUGCGAAAAGGAGCUGCCCAACGCCAAAGACCUUGGUCUCGGAGGCAAGGAGAUGCUCCCCGAGUCUAUGCUCUGGCUUCUCUUGACCGGCAACGUGCCCAGCAACGAGGAGGUUAAGCAGCUGUCUGCUGAGCUCGCUGCCAAGGGAAAGCUCCCCAGCUUCGUCGAGAAGAUCAUCGACAGCUUCCCCAAGACUUUGCACCCCAUGACCCAAUUCGCUGCUGCUGUCGGUGCCCUCAACCACGACAGCGCUUUUGCAGCUGCAUACACCAAGGGCAUUAAGAAGACGGAAUACUGGCAGCCCACUUUGGAGGACUCCAUCGACCUGGUGGCCAAGCUGCCCGCCAUCGCAGCCCGCAUCUACUACAAUGUCUUCGGAAAGGGUGACGGCCAGCAAAAGAUUGACACCUCCAAGGACUUGAUCGGCAACUACGCCGAGAUGAUUGGCUACGGUGGAAACGAGGGUCUGACCGACUACCUUCGUCUGUACAUUGCCAUUCACGGUGACCACGAGGGUGGUAACGUGUCUGCCCACACUGCUCACUUGGUUGGCAGUGCCCUCUCCGACCCUUACUUGUCUUACUCUGCUGCUCUUCUUGGUCUCGCUGGUCCUCUUCACGGUCUUGCCAACCAGGAAGUGCUCGGAUGGGCCCUUGGCAUGCAAGACAAGGUUGGCCCCAACGCUUCUCACGAGCAGAUCAAAGAGUACCUUUGGGACACGCUCAAGAGCGGCCGUGUCGUUCCCGGUUACGGACACGCCGUUCUGCGUCGACCAGACCCUCGCUUCACAGCCCUGAGCCGAUUCUGCGAUGACAGACCCGAGCUGCAACAAUCUUCCAUCGUCCAGCUGGUGAAGAAGGUUUCCGAGGUCGCUCCCGGCGUGCUGAAGGAGCACGGAAAGACUGCAAACCCCUUCCCAAAUGUCGACGCCGCUUCCGGAUGUGUGCUCCAUGAGUACGGUCUUUCCGAAUUCCGCUACUACACUGUCAUUUUCGGUAUCUCCCGCGCCAUUGGAGCUCUGCCUCAACUCGUCAUGGACCGCGCUCUCGGUCUGCCCAUCGAGCGCCCCAAGAGUAUGAGCAUCGCUGCGCUCAACAAGCACCUGGGUAACAACUAGGGUGUGGGCGCGAAAAGCGUAGGGCGUCUGUCGGUGUAGAUGCGAGCACACUGCCAACAAAAAGCAAACCGCAAUUGAUGUUUAGAUGCAUGACUGCUAUCAUG